UCCAAACGUCAAGUACUGCACGUAUUUCUUCCACGUCGGACCUAUGCCUGCGGUAUAUGCUGCCAUCCCUGUCAUAUGCUAUGAUAUUUUCCUGGUUGUUCUCGCCAUUGCCGUCCUCGUGAAGCACCUGAAAGAACGGAAGGAACUUAAGAUAAAGCCUAAUGCCUAUAUAGUCAUGAUCGUCCGAUAUCAUGUCAUAUACUUUGUCCUGAAUUUGGCAACUCAAAUCUUCCUAGCGAUAAUGUGGGCGAACCUUCCGGUAUCAUCUCCCGUGAUUCUAGAGAGAUCUACUCUAAUGCAGGCAUGCACAGACAGUGGUGAUGUAUCUCGUACAGUUAUUCAACGGUACCGCGCCAUCUAUCAUCGUGCCACGUGUUAUCAUCAGCAUUUGGGAAACGCAUGCCAACGACAACUGUGUGCAUGUCAGUACGACAUUCGAGGAUUGCAUCUGUUGGACUUCGCCCCCGACGUUUGAGCAGUAUGAGAUGGAAUACCGCGUAUGAUGUUCUGAUUUGAGAAAGGAGUUAAUGUGAAGUCCUUUUUUUCUCGGGCUCUCGUCCUGGCAAAAUUCUUUGAUUCUUCAUGGUAAGUAGUCCGAGACUUAAUUUUUUAUGUAACUAUGUACUAUGAUGUCCAUAGAGUAUUAGCAUAUAUCGAGCUCAUAAAUUAACAAGGACUCCCCU